AGUAGCCACGGUGUCGCUCACGGGGCAAUCGAUGGCGGAUUACGAAAUCUUCCGCGGAAGCGGUCACGAACUCGAAGCGCAUCAUUGACGAGGGGAACAAAGCUAUCGAUUCGUCCACCACGCGCAGCAGCCAAUGCGUCGUUGAUCCUGCGAGCGCAAUGGGCCGCGAGCAGGAGCUGCUGGAGGCGGCGCGCACGGGGAACGUGGCGGCCGUGGAGAAGUUGCUGGCGAGCCGCCGGGGCCUCGGCUCGGCCACCGUGCAGGCUCUGCCCGGGCUACUCACCAGUAUCUGGCGUGGACCUGCAGUGAACUGCGUAGACUCGUCUGGGUACACGCCGCUCCACCACGCCGCUCUCAACGGGCACAAGGAGGUCGUACUACGACUGCUGCAGCACGAGGCGAGCACAAACGUGGCAGACGCCAAGGGUUGCUUCCCCCUGCAUCUGGCGGCCUGGCGGGGCGACGCGGACAUCGUGCGCAUACUGAUUGAGCACGGACCUUCCCGCAGCCCACCCAAUCAGCAGAUUCCGAGUGAAAAGUCAGAAGUGAAACGGCAUGGCCCGUUUGACCCCUAUGUAAAUGCCAAAAACCACGACAACGAGACGGCGCUGCACUGCGCGGCGCAGUACGGCCACACGGCGGUGGUGCGCCUGCUGCUGGAGGAGCUCACCGACCCCACCAUGCGCAACACGCGCUUCGAGACGCCCCUCGACCUGGCGGCCCUGUACGGCCGCCUGGACGUGGUGACGCUGCUCACCCGCUCCCACCCUAACCUCCUGGCGUGCAACACCAAGCAGCACACCCCGUUGCACCUGGCCGCUCGCAACGGCCACACGGGUACCGUGCAGGUCCUGCUGGAGGCUGGCAUGGAUGUCAACAUCCAGAGCGAGAAGGGCAGCGCUCUCCACGAGGCUGCGCUCUUUGGCCGGGUCGACGUCGUGAGGUUGCUGUUAGAAGCCGGGAUUAAUGUGAACAUCCGAGACAAGCAGAGCAAGACGGCACUGGACAUCUUGGGGGAGCACCGGUCCCAGAAGGCCUUGCAAAUCUCUGCCCUGCUGCGUGGGGAAAGUGCAGACCAUUGGCCGAAGGACAAAUCGGCUUCAGCGAGGCCCAUGACGGAAGUGGUUGGUGAGCAGCACAAGAGGGUAGGGGAAAGGAGGCCGAGCAACCCUGAGCAGAGUGGGGACUUUCUCUACGAGAGCCUCUGCAAUGCCCUCUCCAACUCCUCCACAUCCCUUGAUCACACCGAUGAGGAUGGCCUCAGCAAGCAGCGCACGCGGCCCCCUCCACCUGCAAACCCACCGCCAGAGGAGGAAGCGGACACCGAGGUUGACAUGUCAGGAGUCUCUGCUCAGAGGAGAUCGUCUGCACGCGAUGAGGGCUGUGACAUUGGGUGGGGUGGGAACGAGAACCCGUAUGAACUGUUGGCAAGCGCAGAGUCCCGAGGCCUCCUUCCCACGCUCACCCUGGACUUGCCACCCAGUAAAGAGGAGCUGAGGGAUCUGUCCAGCCCGGACUACUCGCCACCGUCUCCAGACACCGCUGUGCACAACAUUCAGAGCGUCAUCCGCCCGCAGCCUAGGCAGAGAAAGUCUCUGUUUGGAGUGACGGAGAAAAAAGGAGACGAACUUGGGGGGUCCGGGACACUUGGGGAUGAAAAGGGGGUCGUCCAGCCCAGCAGAGGUGGAAAAAACCCUUGUUCAGGGCCUGUGGAGCCGCCACUGCCGUUGCCAGGCCGUGAGUGGCCAAAUCAUUCGGACGUACCUGUCACACUCAGCCAGUCCAGUCUGUCCAGGCAGGCGGCAGUUUCCAACCAGGCGAACUUCCCCGUCGAGUUUGCGGGCCUCCUGCACGGGUCCUCCCAGACAGCCCGGGUUCAAGCGGACCUCAGUCGAGGGUCGCCACGGCCGCUCGCUGACUCGGCUUCUUCUGGCCCUUGCACAGCAGCCCGCCUCGAUCAGCUUAACGCCAACACCGCCUCGGGGAAGUGCAAGAACGGCCACCCAGUCACGUACAAAACUGUGUUUCACACGCUGGUCAAUCAGGCUGCGGCAACCGCGGAGGGCACGAGUGUCUUCCACUCGCUGGGGCGGACGCGCUCCCCCAGGUGCCUCGUUGAGUUGGAGUUGACGCGGAACAUUUCCAAGUCAGACUCCGACCUGUUGGUCAUGCCAUCCGAGUCGGCCGCUCACAACGGAAAGAGCUGCUCGGAGGAUGAGGUGUCGUACGAGAGGCGAGGAGGAGGGUGGGGGAACGCGCGCAGGGGGGGUGGACGGCGCGGACCUCUGCGCACCCCUUCAUUUACGAAAGAGUGGGAGGAGAUUGACAACAUUAUGAGCUCAAUAGAUGCCGGCAUCACCAAGGAAACUGUCCCAAGGAACAUUAGUCAUUCAGGGGGUGCCGGUGGCGCAGGGGGGCGAAGCAGUGUGGGCCAGUGGUUGGACGCGCUUGGACUGCCCCAGUAUGAGGCACAGCUGCUUGCAAAUGGCUACGAUGACCUCAACUUUGUGGGUAAUGCGAUGGAAGAUCAGGACCUGCUGGAGAUUGGGAUCCUAAACUCGGGGCACCGGCAGAAGGUCCUCAAUGCUGCUCGACUGCUGCCCAAGGUGCGGCGAGCAGGUUCCGACCUGUCUGUGGCAGAGUGGCUGGACUCGCUGGAUCUGUCCGAAUACCUCAAGAACUUCACCAUGAAUGGAUACAGCUCGAUGGACCAAGUUCGAAAGCUCUGGGAAAUUGAGCUUGUCAACGUGUUGAAGAUCGGGCUCACAGGCCACCGCAAGCGGAUCCUGGCUUCCCUGGGAGAGCGCUACGAGGACCCGGCGCACAAGUCCCGGCUCGGCAACCAACUCGACGAGUGCUCCGAGCCCCCGCUGGUGCUGCGGCCCCCACACGAGGCGACUACGUCUGCCCCUGUGCAGCAGUGGCAGCAUCAGCCUGACCAGCUGAUCCUGCGCUCCUGCAACUACGAGGCCUUUUACAUGGGAUCUAUGUUGGUGAAGGACCUUCGUGGAACGGAUUCCACACACGAGGCGUGCGCCAAGAUGAGGAAGUCGACGGAGGACAUGAAGAAGAUCCCAACCAUAACCCUCUCGAUCACAUACAAAGGAGUCAAAUUCAUCGAUGCCUCCAACAAGAACACGAUAGCCGAGCACGAGAUACGGAAUAUCUCGUGUGCAGCUCAGGACCCAGAGGAUCUGUGCACCUUUGCGUACAUCACCAAAGACCUCAAAACCAGCUACCACUACUGCCACGUAUUCAGCGCCUUUGACGUGAAUUUGGCGUACGAAAUCAUCCUGACCUUGGGCCAGGCCUUCGAGGUGGCCUACCAGCUGGCGCUGCAGGGACGCAAAGCCAAGGGCGGAGGUGGCGGAGGCAGCGGUGGAGGGGAUGUGUCCGAGGGCCCCAAGGCCAGCAAGCCCAUCCCUAAACCCCGCAGCAUCGUCUGCAAAUCCUCGGUGGAAGUUGUGGAGCCGCUUCACGGUGGGGCGGCUUGGAUGGCGGAGCAGCCGUCUGAGCACAAGAAGCCAGCUGGUGCCAAGUACGAGACGACCAUCUUCUAGCCUGCCCAGGGCCCAGUCCACAUCCACCGGUGUCCCAGCCCCACGUCUCUCAAGCUGCGAGUCCGGGACCACGAUGGGGUUUCCGUGCUUUAUUGAGAGAUAGGUUGCUGCUGGAGCCUCGUAUUCGAUGAGUAAAAGGGAAGGCGUCCGUUAAAAUUGCCAAAAUAAAAUAACUUUUGAGGUCGCCAAAUGUCACAAUCGCUUGCGUUCAGGCCUCACAAAUUUUGAGGCCACGACAUCCUUAACGCGAUGUCGCCAACCCCCCCUUAUUGGUCAAGGCUACAGUGAGAUCAGUCAGCAACCUGGUUCGACUCUCACCUGCACUGGCCUGCCAGGUUUUCGACCACAUCAGAGGGGUCUCCAUUUAAACAGAGUUUGAGAAUUCCUGCUUUCGUCCGUUCAGCACCCGGUACUGCACUCACACUUGAAACAAAGUGGUUACAUUGUAGUCACCAUGCAUACAGGGUCGGUGGGAGGUCGACGUACGCAUAUCCUAAAAGCUAUCGUUGUACCCGUAGAGGUAUGGUAUGUACAGGAAUUUCCCAGCCACUCUAACUCCUGAAUCGCGGCAUCGUACAUCGAAGCUUUUGGUACUGUGCGCUCCCGCGUGGGUACUCAACGCCCGUUGUGGUACUGUCCGGCAAAAACGCGGUCGUGUUUGCCUCGUCUGUGGUACCAUGUGCCGGCACCGCGGCGCUGCGCGUCUAUAAGCCGUGGCACGCCGCGCUGCUGUGCUGCUGUGAGCGACAGCGCAGGCACCCGUAGGCCUCCACUGUGUCGUGUGUUAGCGCUGGUGGGGAUCUAACCCACCCAGUGACAAUGUGGGUUAUAUUUAGACUGUGUUGUAGGUCGAUAGAUAUAUGAAAAUGUACGAUUUUUUUCUUUUUACAUGACAAGAAUUCACCAGUGGACAACCCCCUUUGCCACUGCGCUGUACAGGGUUUAUCGUCCGUUGUUUAGAAUUGUCCUAGAGCUCGCCGCACACCACAAUGACACAUCCAUCGCACUGGUCGGUCGUACUUCUCUACACACUCGAUCGAGUCACAACAGCGAAUAAUGUUGACCCGCCAAAGCAGGAGAUCGGGCGGAUGGUAGAAAACGCUUUUGGCGAGAUGCGGUAGCAUCUUCCACCUUGGCCGUGAUGUGACAUCUUGAUCUUUGAUCCUGAAAGCAAGAGAAGCAUUGUGUAGCAACUGCUCAUUGAUGCCGACAACACCGUCACAGGGGUGAAUUGUAGAGUUCAGUCUCCCCCGCACGUGUGAAAAAUGCAUACGGUUAUCCUCUACGAAUGUUUUUGUUCCACCAAAAUGCGUUUAUACACCCAUGCUCACUGCAAUGCUAAUCGCAGUGCUCUCUUUGAUAUGUGCCGCCUGCCGCCCAGCACCAAGUGGUGAACUUUUCUGCGACCCCAGAGGUCAAGAAAUCGGGGAAAAGUUGCAUGCGAUUCUAGUGGUGGUUACAUUAUCACCACUGGAGGGCACGCUUUGGCAUUCAUUUGGCCGAAACACUUGUGAUUGCACAAUUCCCAGUGAUGUGACUUGGGAACCAUAUUAAACUCCACGGGUCACAUCACAUUGCUAAGGAGCAUGGAAACACUAGUUUGCAAAGAUGCUCCCCGCCAUGCUGUUGGAGCUGUUGAUGGACGUGUGCAUUACGAUUCAUUUCAACUUCCUGGUGGCUUUUUUGUGUGGAUUUUUUUUAAAAUUUGUUUUAUAUUUUACUCGUAGUAUUGCAACGAUCUAUCCAAUGUGUCAUUUCAGAUAUCGAUCAAUGUAGAUUUAAAGUUACAAGACAGUGUUAGUGUGCAGCUUUGCGGCGCAUCGCGCAUUCCGUGCAAACCACGGAAAAAAAAUGUGAAACGAUCGCCCAGUGAUCUCGUUUGGAGCACAUCGCUCGCGUGAAGGGAAAUGCACCCCACACUCUCCACUAUUCAAAACCCUGAACCGUGAGGGUAGAUGAACGUGCCACGAAGGUUUUGCAUUUGGGCGAUGUUGGCACCCAUCCCUGUUAUAGCACAAGGAUGACGCCAUCGGACACCCCCUCCCGCAUCUCGCACAGUGUUGAGGUUUGUCGUCGCUGUGCGUUCUUGGAUUUGUGGAACAUUUUCCUCCUCUUGGUGCCAUUCCUCAUUUCAUGACCAAAUACUUUCAAUGAGUAAAAUUGUGCACUGAGCUUGCUCACCUAGUUCUUUUUUAGGGAUUGGUAAAGUAUUUUGUCUCUCGCAGCGGUGUAGAGUAAUAGUUUAUUGGUGCGUUGUGCAUUGUGUGUAGCUGUUUUAAAUCUAUACAUUACCAGCAGAAGAAAAAAACAACCCCAUGUACUCAUUUGUACAGCUCAACUUCUUUUGUCGACAAUAUUAGUUCUUAGGUUAGAGCAACAUUGGGCACAACUAGAGGUGGCACAUAUUUUUGCCAUACCAGUUUGCAUACUUCGAUAAUGAAAGUGGAUGUGAUGAACUGUGUUAAUUAAGCUCAUUAACUAAGCUCAUUGAAUUAUUCACCAGUUCUUUACAACGCAAGAGUUGGCAACAGACAGACAAAAUAUUUUGUCUGGGUCCAUAUGCAUUGUCGGGCGCGAUCGUUGGCAUGAAUAGGAUAACUGCUGGGAUGAGAGAAGCUCCCAUCAGUUUCUACUUCCUGUUUUUAAAACAUAGAGCCCGGCUACGGGCCGUGGGAAGUCUCUGAGCCGCAGUGCUGAUUAGAUGGCCGAGCCCUUUAAAACCUCCUUGGGUUCACAAAGUGAUAUGUACAGACAUCGUAAGAUGUUAUUUGUUUUGCCUCGCCCGUAAGUGCUGCUGAUGUCGGUUGCAUAAUCCCAUAUGCCCAUAGUGCAUGCGUGUGUUGGCUUACUGCAGCAAACGGGCAUGUUUUUGCCGUUGCUUAUUAGUGCACGGUUUGAUGCACCGUGCAUCCUGAUGGUCUCGCGGCUCGCCGAACUUCUCGAGACCGGGUAACGCCUGGUCUCCAGUGUAGUAGACCACAGCUAAUUCAUCUAGAGCUCAUCUCAGCCUGGAUCCAAAUGCACCAAAGCUCAACUGCCGCAAAUGUGACAAGUGGAAUAUGAGAAAAUGCACAUUGCUCUGGGUAAAAUGGCCAGUGUUCAAUAUGAAUCCUUGUGAGCACUUAGUUGUUUUGCUACAUUAAAAGUACUCCUCCUUUGUCCCUUACAUAGCAUCGAUUAUCCUAAUUGUUGCACUCCUGUAUCCACAGUAUAAACGGUUUGCUGUAGAUGAAACCGUGUACAAAACAAAAUUAGCUGCUACUGCCAUGUUUGAGCCGUACAGUUUGCUCAGAUUUCUGAAAUGUUACAAGCUCACCACGUGCUCAUGCUAAUUUAAGAAGUUUGUGUUCAUUAAGGUCGUAUUCUAUAACAUUUCCAUUUGAAAAGUGAUUUGAUCACCUGCAUAACAGUAAUAUUAAACGCAUUGCCAAUAUAUUUUGUGAAUUGCAUAACAUUUGAAGUGGUAACAGAAACGUGUAUUUUUAUGAUUGCGAUGUCCACAAUUUCCUCUGCAGAUUUAAACGGAAUUGCACCCAAACAUUUAACAUUUUGGCGAGAUUAAAACUUGCUAACGAGUGUUAAAUCACGUUAAAUAUUCACCCGCUCCAGGUACUGAAAAACAACGCGUUUUAAAGGGUACGCUCGUGUAUAGCUUCUACGGUGUUAGUUUUUUUAAUGCUGUUUUGAAAGUGACCGUGUUCUCACCAUCUUUUUGCGCACUCACAAUAUCGAGAGAGAAAAACGGCAGUGGGAGCGUCGCCUUCGAUGCCCCCCCCACGUGGUUUUGCGAAUGGGCAGCAGCAGGGCUUUACAAUCGGUACUCUUUAAAAACACGUAAAAUCAAGGGCUCUCUUUGUACAUUGAAGUAUUUCUCCGUGGCUGUGGGCGGGACGUCGUCGUUUUUGCGCUGCGCCGAGUUCUGCCAACCUAGAGUUGGUGCAGCUCCGUGGGGGAGGGCAGUGUACGUUGUACAUACGGUCUCACCGUUAGUAUUUACCUGCAGCUUGUUUAUAUAUGUGUAUACGUUAGUGUUCGUUGUUUAGAAUUGUCACACAGGUACACACAUUUACUCGCUCGUGCGUAACAAGAAUUAUCUUUCGUUUAUUUGUAAAAAAAAAUGUAUCUGCUUUAUGCUGCUGCUGAUGAGAAUAAUCCUAGGAAACGGCCAGUAUGUGACGCUUGCUGUUAGGUGGGAUGAAUCGCAAGGCACAUUUUUCAAGAUCACUGGCACCAAAACAUUGGUUGUUGAAGAUCAACUCUCACAUUAUUUCCUGUAAGCUUCGUAACUGACCUGCAGCCACCCAGCGACUGAAGUGUAUUUAUAUUUGUAGUGAAAUGCCACCAACCUCACGAUACUUGUGAGAGCACGUGGCCCGAGAAAUGCGGUUGAUCCGCGAGUGCUAAAUCAUCCACGUGGCCGUGACCUCCGAAAAGAUGCCAAGAAUUGUGCACACGUCACUUAGCAUCUGUAAACAUUUCGUCAUGGCUGUUCAAAAGGUUACAUGGGGAGGGAGGUUCGCGUUGUCCUUUCAGUUCUGUGCGAACGUUCACAGCUCUUCAAUGUUCGGCUAUGCGUAGAAAACUUCAACCCCCGCAGAGUAGAGUUGGAGCAUCUUUACGUCUGACGCACGAGUUCCAAAUGUUUGAUACACGUAUCAACACAUUUCCUUUACAAUGUAACGUUUAAAAAUAGCGGUACUUUUGCAUGUCCUGUACAUUAAGUUCGACGUGAAAUGCCUCGCGCGUGAAUUACUUUGCUUGACUGCUUUUUUUUAGUUUGUAACCAGCGUGAAAUGUGAAAGCUGUCGUGCAUUUCUGCUCUUUCAUUUACUAAGCUAGAAAAUACUAACAGUACGUUGCAAUACUUGAAUUUUAUACUGUACGCAUAUGCCAUUCUCUCUCUCCCCCCCGCCCCUUGUUUUAAAAACCCGCGAGGUGCGGAGUCAGUCCCCCCCGAGUUGCAAAGCGCAGACACCUUUUUGCUUUUCUCUCGAUCCUUGUUGGACGUGCGGCGCGGGGGGGGGGCGCGAGCGGUACACCACGUGUUGGAGGUUCGUGUUUUCAAUGUGAAAAAUAAAAAACGCGAUUAGAGAAAAACU